CACAAACACAUAUAUCUACAUAUUUAUUUUAUAUAUAAAGAGAUAGAUAAUCUAACUGAGAAAUCCACUUGAAGCUAUUCAACAAUUUUUAUAGCUUUCUUCCUCUCCAAAACCACACCAAAAAAAAAAAAAAAAAAUUUGAUUUUCAGAUCCAAUCAACCAGAGAUGAGAGAUAACAACAAUAACAACACAAGAGAAGAAGAGAGAAGCAGUUCUUCAAAGCAGCAACAACCACAAGCUCCUAUGUCUUUGAAGAUCAUAGAUUCAUGUCUCAGACUAAGUGUGGUUCCUCUCAGUGUUGCAACCAUCUGGUUAACUGUCACUAACCACGAAUCCAACCCGGACUACGGCAAUUUAGAGUACAACUCCAUCAUGGGUCUCAAGUAUAUGGUUGGUGUGAGUGCCAUAUCUGCUAUUUAUGCUCUGCUCUCUACUGUUUCUUCAUGGGUCACAUGUUUAGUCUCCAAAGCUUGGCUCUUCUUUAUUCCUGACCAGGUUUUAGCUUAUGUGAUGACAACAUCAGUAGCAGGAGCAACAGAGAUAGUGUAUCUACUUAACAAAGGAGACAAAAUAGUGACAUGGAGUGAAAUGUGUUCUUCUUAUCCACAUUAUUGUUCAAAACUCACAAUUGCUUUGGGACUUCAUGUCUUUGUUCUUUUCUUUUUCUUAUUUCUCUCUGUCAUUUCUGCUUAUAGAGCUUUUAGUCCCUUUGAUCCUCCUUGUGAUUCUCAAACCAAUAAUGAUGCUUAAAUUAGUCAGUUUUGGAUUCAACUUUAUCAAAAUGUUGCAGCAGUUUAUGGUGUUUUAACUUUCUUCUCAAAAUAUUACAAAAUAUUUUUUUUUAUGCCGCCAACUGUUGUUGUAGGCACCAUACUCCUACAAAGAACAAGCGGGUUAGGCAGCCGUUUAGAAAUACCAAUUUAUUUUAUGUUUUUUAAGGCUACCAAAUUAUUAUUUUACUUUUUAAUGUUAAUAUAUAGGUGUAUCUUAAAAUUUUUGUUUAAUAAAUUUUUUAACACAAAUUUUGCAUGAUUUUAAACUAAUUUUGAAUAAGGGAUAGAAAGAGCGCUACAAAAAAAAUCUUGACUCGGACCAUCAUUUUUGUUGGACCGGCACAUCCUGUAG